UCCGGGGGCGGCGCUGGGGCCGUCGCUGGGGGCGGCGGGCAGCGUGGGGCUGUUCCACGACGCCGCCUUCCCCGCCGGCCCCUCCGUGCUGGACGCGGCCUCCAACGACGUCUUCACCACCACCUCCUGGCGGCGCCCGCACGAGCUGAGCCCCAAGCCGCGCAUGUUCGUGGGCGGCGCCAGCCGGAGCGACGUGGUGCAGGGCGCGCUGGGCGACUGCUGGUUCCUCUCCGCCUGCAUCGCUGUGGCCCAGCACCCGGCGCUGCUCUGGCAGAUCAUCCCGCAUGGGCAGGUGCUGUAUGGGUCCGGAUACACAGGCAUGGUGACGUUCCGCUUCUGGCGCCUGGGCCACUGGGAGACUGUGCGCAUCGACGACCGCCUGCCCGUCGACGACAACGGCCAACUGCUCUAUGCGCGCGCCGCCCACCCGGACGAGUUCUGGGUGCCGCUACUGGAGAAGGCCUUCGCCAAGUUCCAUGGCGGAUACGCCAACCUGGUGGGCGGCCGGCGCAUGGAGGGGCUGCUCACCCUAACGGGCUACGUGGUGGAGGAGACGGACACGGGCGGCUGGGACGACGGCGCGCUCUUCGACCUGCUGCAGGAGGAGACGCAACGCGGCUCCCUCGCCACCUGCUCCGC